GCUAACUACGCUCCGCCCACUGUGACGUCACAUAACCAAGAUGGCGACGCGCUACUAUCAGACGAUGCAGGAAAGCUUCAAGAAUAACAACAAAAGUCGGGAAUUUCCAGCUCAUUCUGCUAAAGUUCACUCCGUGGCGUGGAGUUGUGAUGGUAGAAGGUUGGCUUCCGGAUCUUUUGACAAAACCGCCAGCGUUUUUGUCCUCGAAAAAGACCGACUGGUGAAAGAAAACAACUACCGAGGUCACGGAGACAGCGUGGAUCAGCUCUGCUGGCAUCCCACCAACCCGGAUCUGUUUGUCACGGCGUCUGGAGACAAGACCAUCCGCAUCUGGGACGUGCGGACCACCAAGUUCAUCGCCGUGGUCAACACCAAAGGUGAGAACAUCAACAUCUGCUGGAGUCCCGACGGGCAGACCAUCGCCGUGGGCAACAAAGACGAUGUGGUGACCUUCAUCGACGCCAAGAUGCACCGCUCCAAGGCGGAGGAGCCGUUCAAGUUUGAGGUGAACGAGAUCUCGUGGAACAACGACAACGACAUGUUCUUCCUCACCAACGGCAACGGCUGCAUCAACAUCCUCAGUUACCCCGAGCUGAAGCCCAUCCAGUCCAUCAACGCUCACCCGUCCAACUGCAUCUGCAUCAAGUUCGACCCCACCGGCAAAUACUUCGCCACAGGAAGUGCCGACGCCCUGGUCAGCCUGUGGGAUGUGGACGAGCUGGUGUGUGUGCGCUGCUUCUCCAGGCUGGACUGGCCCGUGAGGACGCUGAGCUUCAGUCACGACGGCAAGAUGUUGGCGUCGGCGUCCGAGGACCACUUCAUCGACAUCGCCGAGGUGGAAACAGGUGAGAAGCUUUGGGAGGUCCAGUGCGACUCGCCCACUUUCACGGUGGCCUGGCACCCCAAGCGCCCCCUGCUGGCCUACGCCUGCGACGACAAGGACGCCAAGAACAGAGAAGCGGGAACGGUGAAGCUCUUCGGCCUCCCCAACGACUCGUAGAUCUUUGCCCCCAGCAGGGGGCGUCGUUGUCCGGGUUGUGUUGUAAAAUAUUAUUUUUUAUCUAAAAUGAAUCUUUUGAUAUUAAACAUGGAUGCUUUUCU